AUGAUUAUCAAAUCGACUGUUUAUCUAACUGUAACAUAUUUAAUAUUUUUAAAAGUUUCAUAUGGAUAUUUAGGAUGUCCAAAUAAUUUAGUACCUUGCCGAAAUAAAACGCAUUGUAUAGAAAUUAAAGAAGUUUGUAUUGAUUAUCAUGAUUGUGUUAAUAAUGAUGGUGAUGAAAUAUGCCAUCAUUUGCCAAAAAAUUCAACUGAUUCAAUAGCAUGUGUAACUCAUAUAGACCCUCAGGUUUCGUACGAUCGUUUAUCUCCUCAUGAUAUAUGCAAUGGUCAUCAAGAUUGUUUCCUUAAUGAAGACGAAGGCGGAUGCAAUAAAACAAUCUGUCAAGUUAAUCAUUGGUUAUGUAAAAAAGGUUCAUGUAUCGAAAACUUUCUUGUUUGUGAUGGGCAGAAAGAUUGUCCAGAUGGGAGUGAUGAAGAGGAAGGUGUUGGUUGUCAUCAUUCUGUAUGUGGACCAAAUAAAAUACAUUGUCCAACCGGUCAAUGUAUUGAUGAAGUCAAGAUGUGUGAUGGAAUUGCACAUUGUUUAGAUGGAUUUGAUGAGAAAAAUUGUACACAUACAACGUCAACAAUUGCAUCUAUAGCGCAAGUAGAUGAUUCAUGUCCAGAAUUUACUUGUUCAACAUCAGGAACAUUUAAUCACCCAAUAUGUCUAUCAAAUGAUCGUGUUUGUGAUGGAUAUAACGAUUGUCCUGGAGGCGAUGAUGAGCAUAAUUGUCGUGAUAAAUGUACUAUAAAAUCGAAUUGUCCUACAAAUUCUGAUGUUAGUUGCAUUCAACAUCCAGCAGUUGGACAACUUUGUCGAUGUGUUAAACAAGGUUAUCGACUAACAACUAAAACACCGCACAAUAACAUACCAAUAUGUCAAGAUUAUGAUGAAUGUAAUGAUUCUCUUGGUACAUAUUGUUCAUUUAAAUGUACUAAUACAGACGGUAGUUUUAAUUGCACAUGUCCAUCAAAUUUUACCCUUGAUAAAGUAACAAAAACAUGUCAGAGAAGCAAUGAUCAAUCAAAACCAAAUUUAUUAAUUUUAUCUGAUAGAACCAUUACUUUCUAUAAUAUGUUGGCUUCUACUGAACAGUAUUCAUCACAACAAUUAAAUACAAUAAACAUUGAUAAAAGUCAUCAUUUUGAUUAUAUACAAUAUGAUCAUAAACAAAUGUUCGUUAUCUAUUAUGAUCAAAUACAACAUGCUAUUUUAUGUGAAUCAAAUCGUGAUUUAAAAACUAUAGUAUUACUUACGAAUCUCACAGUUAAUGCUUUUGCAUAUAAUGCAAAUGAAAAAAUUCUCUUUAUUAUUGAGAAUCAAUCUAAAACAUUACGGAUGUAUACAUCAAUUGUUUGUGAUGUAUCAAUUAAUAUCCCAAUGCAUUCUUGGUCAUUGAAUGAUAAUAACGCUAAUUCAAUUCAUUCAAUGGAAAUUGAUGUUUAUAACAGACAACUUAUAUUUGCUUCAAAUUCUCAAUUCAUGAUAUCAAAUAUGUCCGAACCAAAUGUAAUAAAAAUAGUACAUAAGACAGAUCGAGAAAUCAAAAGAUUUAUCUACGAUGCUGCAUUUCAACGAAUAUUUUGGACAGCAGAUAAUAUCGACAGUAAUGGACUAUCUCCUGUUUUUACUUGUAAUGGUGAAUUUAAACAGUGUCAUGAUACAUCAAUACGUAUACCAUCUGCAUCGUUAUUUGCAUUUUUUAAUGAUGGUUUGCUUUAUAUUCCAUCAUCAAAAAAAUCGUUAGAUUUUAUUCGAAUUUAUGGAAAAAAUCGUUUUUCGGGAGAGUCUAUCACAUCGACACAUGAUCAAAUUCGUUCAUUUGUUUUUAUCGAUAAUCAACAAACUGAGGGGUCCGAUCUCUGUAUGAAAUAUUCAACAGCACGUUGUAAAAACUAUCAACUUUGUUUACAAAUAAAUUCAAUCAAUAUGACUUGUUUAUCAAUUGAUGGAAGCUUUCUAUCAAAGCAAGCAACAACAGAUAUCGAUAAUUCAAUGUCACAAGAUGCAUUGAAAUUAUCAGUAGGCGAUAACUCUAUUUCUCCGGUGGAAAGUCAACAGAAAACACAUCGAUACAGACCAUCAAAUGCUAUACUUAUCGGUAUUAUUACUCUUGGUAUUUUAGUAACUAUAUUGGCAUUUUUUGUUAAACGUUGUCAUAAUCGUUUUAUUCAAAAAGCAUCAAGAGACGAACAAAGUCAAAAUGAACGACGUUUAAUAAUAGACCCAAGUUUAGAUGAGUUUACUAUAGUAACUGAUGAUAGGGUGAGCAAAAAACAUAUUGAUUAUGCUCGAGAUAUUUUAAUUGAAAAUCCAAGCUUUCUACUUCUUGGACGUCGAAGAGAUUCUAUUUAA